AUGGCUUCUCAACGUUUCGGACGGGUUAUUGCCACUGCUCUGGCCACGGCCUCUAUCGCCGCUGCUGCCACCUGUGAUACCAGCACCCUCAACACCACCACGUACCUGUACCCAAUCACGGUCGCGGGCACCACCAUUGCUGAUGUAGCCAAUGCUACGGGCCGCGGUCUGUGCAACAUUGCUCGCUACAACUUUAUGGCCGACCAGGCCAUUCUCCCCAACGUCGGACAGGAGAUCGCCAUCCCCGCCGAGGUGUGCCCCGAUGAGAUCGACGACACCACCUGCGUCAUCGACAACUACAACAGCACCAACACCUGCCUGAUCGGUGGCCCCCGCCUGUACUACACGGUCAACGGUGACACCUACACAGCCAUUGCUAACCGGCUCAACCUGGCCGUGACAGCGCUCAGCACAGGCGACGCCGACGAGGUGCUCGAGGCGGGCCAGUUCGUCAAGGUGCCCCUGUGCGACCCCAGCCAGUGCAGCUACGAGCCGUUCCAGUUCACCCUCGGCGAGCCCAAGUGCUACAAGGACCUGGCGGACGAGUAUGGCGUCACCGUUGGCCAGAUCAUGCAGCUUAGCCCCACGUACAACUACAGCCAGUCGGGCUACACGCUGGCCACACCGCCUACCAUCGACCUGGUCACGAACUGCACCUACCUGUCGGAUAACAUCACCGUCAUCACCUAA